CGACGACAACACCCACGCUAAUCUCCCUGGUGUACGCCCUCAUCUCAGUGCCGUGAAAGAUGACGUUGUGGGGUCAAGACACGGUCAAAGACGUUGCGGAAUCGGUGGGAAUCUUGAAUCUGAACAAGGAUGUCAACCAGGCUCUCUGUCGCGAUGUGGAAUACCGCAUCUCUCAAGUGUUACAAGAAGCGUUGAAACUGAUGAAACACGCUCGACGGACGAUACUGUGGUCGCAAGAUAUCUCGCAGGCGCUGCGACUACUGGAUAUUGAGCCCUUGUACGGCUAUGAAUCGACAAGGCCGCUCAAGUACGGAGAAGCGUCGUUGGGACCUGGCCAGCCGCUGUUCUACGUUGAGGACGAGGAGGUGGACUUUGAAAAGUUGAUCAAUGCCCCAUUGCCCAAGGUGCCGAGAGAGGUGUCGUUUACUGCGCACUGGCUUGCAGUCGAAGGUGUACAGCCGUCUAUCCCUCAGAACCCAACAUCGAACGAAGCGCGCAACCUCGAACUCCUACCCAAAGGUCCAAACGCCAAUCCCGCACUGGCGGCCAUGAGUGGUGCAGACAACACGACAACCAAAGCGCAGGUCAAACAUAUCUUGAGUAAAGAGCUACAGCUAUACUUUGAAAAGGUGUGCGCAUCGGUGCUGGACGAAUCGCAGCCGGAAUAUAGAACAGCCGGUCUGGCGAGUUUGAAAGAGGAUCCAGGUCUACACCAACUCGUGCCCUACUUUGUGCAGUUUGUGGCAGAAAAAGUCACACACAAUCUGAGUGAUUUGUUUGUGCUCACGCAGAUGAUGUUGGUGACGGAGGCGUUGACGAGGAAUGCCAAGCUGAAUCUGACUCCAUAUGUUGCUUCGAUGAUCCCGCCAGUUCUGACAUGCUUGACCGGAAGAAAUCUUGGGUCAGGAGGUCUCGAGCAUUUUUCGCUGCGUGACCUGGCAGCAUCCCUGCUUGGUCAUCUGUGCGGCAAAUACUCAAAGUACUCGCACAACCUCAAACCUCGAGUUGCACGGUCUUGUCUGAAGACGUUCCUAGACCCGAAGAAGCCUUUAGGCAGUCAUUACGGAGCUGUGCUGGGGUUGAAAGCGGUGGGCGGGGCAGAGGUGGUGCGACAGUUGGUUUUGCCCAACCUCAAGGCCUUUGAUGAACUCCUACAAGAAGGAGUGCAGGAGGGAGGCAAAAAGGAAGAGGUGCAGAAGAUGCUAGACGCAAUAACCAAUGCGUUAGGGACCUUGGUGGACGACGACCUACCAAUGAUGAACGGACACAGCGAAGAAUCUGCAGCUGAACAACGGAGCAAGUUGAUAGACAAGAUUGGGGAAGUGAUAGGAGGUCACAUUGCAGACUUGGGACACUCGCAACUGGCCAAGGUUGUGCUGGAGGGGGAUCUGGCUGCUUUCUGAGCGGUGUAGACCCCUAUGCAGGACGACGCGCUUGUAUUUGUACGAAGCAUGAUAUGAAGCAUUUUACUGGCGUUGGGUGGAACAUCCAGGCGACAACGAUGGCGAUACCCGGUGGCAGCAUGAGGGUGACUGAAUGGAUAGUUGGGAGAAAAGUGGUUGAACUACUGGCUGCUUAUUGGGCGUUCAUGGUUAGAAGCAUGGCGAACAGAGCGAGGGUAAACAUUUAAGCCAUGAGACGAACAUGGGUACCAGGAGAGGUACCUACGGAUUAGGUAGUCAAGGAUGGACCAUGGACAAUCCACGUGCCGACAGCUUGCGCAUCCAUAACAGUACGAGUAGACCAGUAGGUACAAUUCCAUGGUAGUUUGGCCCA